AUGAAGGCCGCUGGAAUGCAGCUGCUUGCUGUUGAAAUUAUCACCGUUGAUCCAGCAAUUCAGAUCCUCAAACUCAAGGUGUACAAGGCUGGACUGUAUGGUCCUAAGUUUGUCUGGUUACUUCUCGGCUGGUACUCUGAGAACUGGUGGAAGGCCGUGCCGGUAGACUGCACGUUUGACCAGCUGGAGCAGGCUAUUGAUGGAUACUUCUCGAUCGAUCAGAUACAGAUAAAUCCCAGACCGCAGGUGACCAUCUCGGGUCACACACCGCAGCAACUUCUAGAGAUUUACAGGAACUGGACAAAUCAUGAGAAUUUGCCUGGUUUGGAACUUGGACUGAAGGGCUAUGAUGGUAUCUGGGCAGCAGCUCUUGCCUUGAAUAAAACUGCAAGUGAUCUUGAAGCGAAUGGUACAGAAAGACUCGAAGACUUCACGUACAAGAAUGCAGAUAUGGCACAAUUGUUGUUUAACAAUGCCAUGAACGUUUCGUUUAUGGGCACACGUGGAAAGAUUUCCUUCGAUGAGAAUGGCGACCUGAAGGCUAUGUACAAGAUAUCCAGAUUUCAAGGUGGACGAAAAGAAAUGGUGGGAUUGUACUAUUCAAAUACGAUCGAGUGGUUGCCGGAGACACCAAUUGUUUGGAAAGGUGGACAUAUUCCUAAGGAUUCGGUCACAGUGAUAAGGAUCACACAGGCGCUCUCCCCAUCCUUGUACAUCGCUAUCUGCUGUGUGUCUGCUAUGGGAUUUGUACUCACCUGUGUGUUCUUGACAUUCAACAUUGGAUACAGGAAAAGCAGGAUCGUGAAGAUGUCCUCACCUAACCUCAACAACGUCACCUUGGUUGGAUGUCUGGUACUCUACGGCACUGCCUUUUGGGAAAGCAAUGCUACGUCAACGUUUACGGCGUUCUGCCAGGCAAAACUUGUGUCACUGACUGUUGGGUUCUCAUUGGCAUUUGGCGGACUGUUCGCUAAAACAUGGCGAGUGUAUGUGAUAUUCACUCAUGGCACUAAGCAGAAAAAGGUUGUCAAAGAUAAACAGCUGCUGCUAAUGGUCUGUGGUCUUGUAACCAUCAACAUUUCCAUCAUCAUUGUCUGGUUUGUGAUCGACCCGUUCCAGAUUGUCGUACAACAGUUGCCUGUAAAGAUCAACGUCAUUCAUGAUAUCGAAAUCCAUGGAAGCAUCAAAAACUGCAACUCUCACAUGCAAAUCUAUUUCCUGGGCUGCCUACUUACAGUCCAGGGUAUCAUUCUGUUGUUUGGGGUAUUCCUGGCACUCCAAACACGGAAGAAAGUAAAAAGAACACCAAUCGACGAAUAG